CCGCCCCCCCCGGCUGUGUUGUCACGUGACAGGAGGCAGGUCAGGGCGGGGUUAUCGCUGCUCGCUCCGGUAACGGUAACUGCUUUAUUUACCGUUUUACUCUAUUCGGCGGGGAUGGCGUCAAUAACGGCAGGCAGCAGAUGUCACUGAUGAUCUGUCCGCGGUAACGGAACCCGGUGUGUCGGUGUGGCGGGAAGCCCGGCCCGGUGUCGGUGUGUUGUUUAGGUUAGCCAGGUAGCUAGCUGCUAGCAGCUGCUUCGUUUAACGGUUUGCUGGGAGUCCGCCGCCGGCGGAGACAGCUGCCCGCCGCCAGGUGAGCAUCACGGGACACCUGUACCGGGGCGGCCGCGGAAGAUGGACGGAGGAAACACCGCCGGUAAACCUGCAGCAGGAGGCGCUAGCGGAUGUAGCUAGUUAGCAUCAGGCCUGAAUACCAGCACACUUCCUCCCCGCCCCCCCGGGCUGCCCCCCACCCCCCCCUCCACCAGUACUGCAAUGGAGUCGGUCCUGAACCCGCCGCCGCAGUUCGUAGAAAACUCCUAUAAAAUGACUGAGGAGGACGUGAAGAGGCUGAUUGAGUUCAGAGCAUCUAACGAGGCUCUGUUCACCGGGAAGAGGAACUCUGCCAAGAUAGCCUGGAGCACCAUCUUAAAAGGCCUCGGCCUGGAGGGGAAGCUGACUGCAGACCAGAUCGCCAAAAAGUGGGACAACCUGCGGACAAAAUACAAGGACCUGAAGCAGCCCUAUCAGGGUCAGGACAACCUGGGCGGCGUGGUGGAGUCGUGGCCCUGGUUCCACAUCAUGGAUGAAGCCAUGCAGGGUCGUCUCUACAACAGCAACCUGGUGCUGAGCCCCGACAGCGUCGUCUGCGGCGGCGGCGGCAGCCACCGCGGCAACAGCCAACCCAACCAGAACCAGGAGAACACCGACAUCCUGGAGUUCCUCAUCAAAACGGAGAUGGAGGACACGGUAGCGGCGGAGGAGGCGGCGGCGGAGGACGACGGGACGGUUCACGCCGAGGCGCCGCCUGCAGAGGGCGUGCCGAUGGGCUGGAGGAGGAUGAGCGAGUGUUCCUAUAAGAUGACGGAACCAGAAACCGAGCGGAUGAUCAAACUUCGAGCGGCGAAUGAGGCGCUUUUCACCGGCAGGAAACAUUCAGCCAAACCGGCCUGGAGAGCCAUCCUGUAUGAACUGGGUCUGCAGGGGAAACUGACCACAGACCAGCUGGCCAAGAAGUGGGACAACCUGAAGAGGAGAUACAAGGAGCUGAAGUUUCCCGCUCGAGGCGUGGAGACCAACCCCAGCUCCUGGCCCUGGUUCUACCGAAUGAACGACGCCAUGGAGGGCCGCUUCGCCGGCGCCGCGCCCAUCCUCACGCCCAUCGUGGAGGACGAAGACGAAGACUGCGAGCCGCUGUCGCCGACGCCCAAGAAGAGAGCCCGGCGGAGCCGAGGGGGGAUGGCGGAGUUCCUGACGGAGUCGGAGAUGGACCUGCUGGUGGACAACGAAGAGAAAAACGGGUCGUCUGCUCUGGGAGAGCUGCACCGCAUGGCCGAGCUCACGUACAAACUGACUGAAGAUGACACCAGGAGACUAAUUGAGCUGCGAGCUGCUAACGAGUCUCUGUUCACCGGGAGGAGGAACACCGCCAAGCCGGCCUGGAGGGGAAUAGUGAAGGAGAUGGGUCUGACAGGGAAGAUAACACCUGACCAGGUCGCCAAGAAGUGGGACAACCUGAAGACCAAAUUCAAGGACCUGAAGUUCCCUCCUCGGGGGAUGGAGGGCCAGACUAACCCCGCCUCCUGGCCCUGGUUCCAGCUGAUGAGUGACGCUCUGGAGGGGCGUCUGGCGGGGAAAGCUCCCAGAGUGACGCCCAUCUGGACCAACGAGGAGGACGCCGUGUUCGGCUCGUCUCCGCCCGCCGACAGAGACUGUCUGAUGGCGGAGAGGAGCAGCGUGUCGGAGCUGGAGAGCAUGGUGGGGGGAGACAACACGGAGGCCGAUGGCAACGUCACCUACAUCGACGCCAGCGGGGAGGAGUGUUCGACGCCCUCUGACCUCUCUUAUAAGAUGACGGACCAGGACACCCGCAGGAUGAUUAAACUGCGAGCUGCUAACGAGGUCUUGUUUACCGGAAGGAGAAACGCUGCCAAAGCUGCCUGGAAAGCCAUCCUGAAGGAGCUCGGCCUGCAGGGGAAAGUCUCCACCUACCAGAUGGCCAAGAAAUGGGACAAUCUGAAGAGGAGAUACAAGGAUCUGAAGUAUCCUCCCGUGGGGAUGGAGAGCGUUGCAGACGGCGCCUCCUCCUGGCCGUGGUUUCACCUGAUGAACGAGGCCAUGGAGGGCCGGCUGGCGAGCAGCGCCCCCCUCCUCACCCCCGUCACCCAGGACGACGAGCAGCACCCUGACCCCGCCCCCAGACAGCGGCCCCGCCCCGCUCCUCCCCCUCCUCCUCCUCCUCCUCCCCCCUCCUCCUCCUCGGACUACGGACAGGAGGCGUUCGGCGACGGCGGCGGCGCGGAGCAGAACCAGCGGAGCUCGGAGGCGUGCGACGGGCCGCUGGGAGGCCUGGAGAGGGAGUGGGAGGUGGUGGAGAGGGAGCGGGCGGCGCUGGAGCGAGAGAGGGAGGUGGUGGAGAGGGAGCGGGCGGCGGUGGAGAGGGAGCGGGCGGCGGUGCAGGCGGAGAGGCUGUGGUUGGACAGAGAGCGGGCGGCGGUGGAGCGGGACAGAGCCAUGGUGGAGCAGGAGAGGGCGGCGCUGGGGAGGGAGAGGGAGGUGCUGGACCAGAGAGCCCUGAUGCUGAACUCUGUGGGACACUCCGGACACCUCAACGCCCUGAUGUAGACCGCCAGGCUCCGGGAUGUAGACCAGCCACGGUCUGGGAUGUAGACCAGCCACGGUCUGGGAUGUAGACCGCCAGGCUCCGGGAUGUAGACCAGCCACGUUAUGGGGUGUAGACCGUCGCGCUCCAGGAUGUAGACCGUCCCGGCAGGCGAGCUGAGAGCCAAGUGUGGCCGUCGGUCUCCCCACAGAGAGCGGAGCUCGCCGGGGACUGACUGGUCCUGCAGGUGGACCCACCUGAGCUGUAGAGCUGCACAAUUAAUCCGCAUUUCACUCGUGAUGCUUGUUUCCAUGGUUACCUGAGGUCAGGUGGUGAGAGUUACUCACAGGCAGGUGUCCAGGUGUGGAAACGGUCGACUAGACGAGAAUUACUCAAAGUAUUUUUAUCAGUUUAGUCUUCGUUUCUCUGAAGUGACGAUUUGCUGCUUUUCUGUUUGAUAUUUUUGUUAAUUGAACGUAUUUUGAUUUUAGACAAAACAAGAAAUUCGAAGACGUCACAGACGUCCAUCUUUCAAUAUUUUUCUGACAUUUUAUUGAUCAAACAAUUAAUCAAUUGAGAAAUAAUUUAUGAAUUAAUAAUGAAUUGAUACUGAAAAUAACAGUUAGUUGCAGCCCUACUCACCAACACAACCACUUCCUGUUCCGCCUCCUUCCAAAACACACAUCAGACAACCAACGUAUCGAUAGAAGAACGCUGUCACGUCACUUUCAGUUUCCUUCCUUCCUCCUCCUCCUCCUUCUUCUUCUUCUUCUUCUUCUUCUACUUCCUCUUCUUCUUCU